GGGUUGCCGCUUCCGCUUCCGGCGGCUUGGUGGGUAAGCCGCUGACGAGAGGAUGGACGGCUUGGUUGCUCAUUGCUCCGCGCGGCUGCUGCAGCAGGAUAAUAUCCUAAUGUCAUCAAAAACCUCAAGGAAGAAAACUCACAGCUUAUCCUAAGGAAACUCCUUCAUUCCCAUCACCUCUGCCACACCCAGGUGGAGAGGAGGGGAAAGGAGGAAGAGAAAGAGAUUACGUUUCUGACUGCUGAAAUUGAUCGGUUGAAAAACUGCAGCUGUUCAGAAGCUUCUUCAAAUUUGGAACAGUUGCGGGAAGAAAAUUUAAAAUUAAAGUAUCGGCUGAAUAUCCUUCAAAAGAGUCUUCAAGCAGAAAGGAGCAAACCAACUAAAAAUAUGCUUAACAUCAAUAGUUGCCUACAAGAGGUCUUUGGUUGUGCCAUUAAGGCUGCCUAUCCAGAUUUGGAAAAUCCUCCACUGAUAGUGACACCAAGUCAACAGCCCAAGUUUGGGGACUAUCAGUGUAAUAGUGCUAUGGGUAUCUCUCAGAUGCUCAAAACCAAGGAGCAGAAAGUUAAUCCAAGGGAAAUUGCUGGAAACAUUAUCAAACACCUCCCAGACAAUGAAUAUAUUGAAAAAGUUGAAAUUGCUGGUCCUGGUUUUAUUAAUGUCCACUUAAGAAAGGGCUUUGUAUCACAACAGUUGACCAACCUCUUGGUGAAUGGUGUUAAACUACCUGCCAUUGGAGAAAACAAAAAGGUUGUAGUUGACUUUUCCUCUCCCAACAUAGCUAAAGAGAUGCAUGUAGGCCAUCUCAGGUCGACGAUCAUAGGAGAGAGCAUGUGCCGCCUCUUUGAGUUUGCAGGAUAUAACGUGCUGCGAUUAAACCAUGUAGGAGAUUGGGGAACCCAGUUUGGCAUGCUCAUUGCUCACCUGCAAGACAGAUUUCCGGAUUACCUAACAGUUUCACCUCCCAUUGGGGAUCUUCAGGCUUUUUAUAAGGAAUCCAAGAAGAGAUUUGAUACCGAGGAGGAAUUUAAGAAGAGAGCAUACCAGUGUGUUGUUUUGCUCCAGAGUAAAAAUCCAGACAUCAUAAAAGCUUGGAAGCUUAUCUGUGAUGUCUCCCGCCAAGAGUUUAAUAAAAUCUAUGAGGCGUUGGACAUCUCUUUAAUAGAGAGGGGAGAAUCCUUCUAUCAAGAUAUGAUGAAUGAUAUUGUGAAGGAGUUUGAAGAUAGAGGAUUUGUGCAAGUGGAUGAUGGCAGAAAGAUUGUGUUUGUUCCAGGAUGUUCCAUACCAUUAACCAUAGUAAAAUCAGAUGGAGGUUAUACCUAUGAUACAUCUGACCUGGCUGCUAUUAAACAAAGACUGUUUGAGGAAAAAGCAGAUAUGAUCAUCUAUGUGGUAGACAGUGGACAAUCUUUACACUUCCAGACAAUAUUUGGUGGUGCUCAAAUGAUUGGUUGGUAUGACCCUGCAGUAACUCGAGUGUCUCAUGCUGGAUUUGGUGUGGUACUGGGGGAAGACAAGAAGAAGUUUAAAACACGAUCAGGUGAAACGGUGCGCCUCAUAGACCUUCUGGAAGAAGGACUAAAACGCUCCAUGGACAAAUUGAAGGAAAAAGAAAGAGACAAGGUCUUAACCACAGAGGAAUUGAAGGCUGCUCAGACAUCUGUUGCUUAUGGCUGUAUCAAAUAUGCUGAUCUUUCCCAUAACCGGUUGAAUGACUAUAUCUUCUCCUUUGACAAAAUGCUGGAUGACAGAGGAAAUACAGCGGCUUACUUGUUGUAUGCCUUCACUAGAAUCAGGUCAAUUGCGCGUCUGGCCAGUAUUGAUGAAGAAAUGCUCCAGAAAGCUGCUCGAGAGACCAAGAUCAUUUUGGACCAUGAGAAGGAAUGGAAACUAGGCCGGUGCAUUUUGCGGUUCCCUGAGGUUCUGCAGAAGAUUUUAGAUGACUUAUUUCUCCACACUCUCUGUGAUUAUAUCUAUGAGCUGGCAACUACUUUCACAGAAUUCUAUGAUAGCUGCUAUUGUGUGGAGAAAGAUCGACAAACUGGAGAAGUAUUGAAGGUGAACAUGUGGCGUAUGCUGCUAUGUGAAGCAGUGGCUGCUGUCAUGGCCAAGGGGUUUGAUAUCCUGGGAAUAAAGCCUGUCCAAAGAAUGUAAUCCUCCUUAGGUUUGAACACUGUGUGUUUUUACCAAAGUGGCCAUUAGCAUUGUUUGCUUUUUCACAAUCAUCAAUCAUGUGGAUACAAAAACAAGUAAAAGAAAUUUGUCAGCUA